AUGGAGGGAAGCGUGCUUAUUGAUGAUUCUUGGGUUAGUGUUGAGGAGGAGAUGGGGAGAAGGCAGAGUGGUGGUGAGGAGGUGGAGCAUGUCAAUGAGGGAGUGGGUGAGGUGGAGGAAGAGGAGGGUGGGGGGAGUGAGGAUGACGAGGAGGAUGACGAAGAGGCUGCUGUUUUUAAACCGACUACGUCGACACGGGCUUCCCACGUUUCGGAGACGAAUUCGCCGUUGACGUCGUUCUUCCAAGCGAGUGACUGCAGGCGGAACCCCGCACCAUCUAACAGCCAUUCACGGGCUUCUUCGCGUAAGGGUGCUGGAUAUGAGGAACGUACAGCGAGUCCGGCUCCUUCUCCGAACAUUGGCGUCACGCAAUUGGAGUUGCUGACGCAGGAGGAGGUGAUGGAAAGGCAGGCUGCUAUGAGUUCUGCCAGGGACACGCCAGUUUCACGCGAAGGUGCUACGCCUAGGAAGAGGAUGAAGCGUCCCGCCAAUGUGAGGAGGCCAUCUAAGAAGGAUGCAAUCCCCCAGGUCGUGGGAAGCGGAGCCGGUGGAUCGGGGUGGGGCAUGAUGAUCAUCUGGAGCGUCGCACUGUUUGGAGUUGGAUUUGGACUCGGGUAUGUCUUUCGAGGCACGGUGAUGGCUGCGGAGACUUCUUCUCCGCGUGCGUCCAGCCCUAACCCGAGUGCUUCGGUCAGCCGUCACCGGUGGACAGACUGA